AUGGCGAAAGAUUCGGGGGAGCGCGGGGAAGCGCACGAAGCUAUUCCACCUGACUCCCGGUCUCACAAACCAGACACUGCGGACGACGACGAUGAGAACGAGACCGAAACCAUCGGCAGUGACGAGGACGAGGACGAGGACGAGGAUGAACCGAAGCUGAAGAAUGCUCGAAUGACUGGGUAUAUGACGCAGUUGUAUAGAAAUGGAGAUGCUACAAGCUCUUUCCUAGUCGCGGGGGACAAAAUGUAUAUUGGCACUCACAACGGAAAUAUUCACGUUCUAGCAUUACCGUCGUUCCAGUCACUACGAGUCUACCAUGCUCACUCCGCAUCGAUCUCCUCGAUAUCGAUUUCCCCAUUCCCGCCACCAACAUCAGACCCGAGGUCAGAAGCAGUCAACAGGGCCGUAUCUCAGGCCAUCAAUGAAUCGCAAAAAGCGGCAUCAGUUGCAUCUGUGUCGUCAAGCCCGGCUGCACAAAGGGCUCCGCGCCAGCAAGUCAUACCGAAUAUUCCAUCGAACGCGAUUUACAUUGCUACGUCUUCUAUAGAUGGGAAUGUCUGCAUUGCAUCACUUGUGGAUAUAAAAGAUGUACAGCUACGAAAUUUUGCGAGGCCAGUCCAAGCUGUUGCCCUGUCGCCCGACUACAAGAAUGACCGAACAUAUAUCUCAGGGGGUACCGCGGGGAACCUGGUCGUGACUGUUGGAGGGCGGUCCGGAACGAAUGCCACAUCCACCACCACUGGAACCGCGGCGGCCACAGCAUCUGGCUGGCUCGGGACGAUUGGGCUCGGAGGCAACUCAGGAAAGGACACUGCUCUUCAUUCUGGCGAAGGCAUCAUAAGCACAGUCAAGUGGUCAUUGUCAGGAAAAUACGUUGUUUGGGUCAACGAGAAGGGUAUAAAGAUUAUGCGGUCGAAUAUUGGCCUUGAAAGCGCAGAUCUAGAUUCGGCUUGGAAGCGCAUUGCCCACGUUGAUCGUCCCCAAGACUCUGGUUGGGAAGAGAUGGCCGCGGUGUGGAAGGCCCGGGCGGAAUGGAUCGAUGAAAGCUCUCUCGGAACCGAUGAUGACGGACUAAUCACCACGGCGUUAUCUCCUGUUGUUACCAAGCUCAGGCAGCAAACAGCAAAGAAUAUGGAUCCGAUCGAAAAACUUGUAGUUGGCUGGGGAAGCACUAUUUGGAUCAUUCAUGUUCACCCUGGUGGAGUCGGCGUUGGCAAGCAUGCUGGAGAGCGUAGUGUUGGUCGUGCAGAGAUCAUUAAAAUUUUGAGAAUGGAUUGCAUAAUUUCUGGAUUGUCGUUAUAUACCCCUACUUUACUUCUUGUACUUGCUUAUAUUAAUCCCGAAGAUGAGGAUGCUGAGGAGGCACCAACUCAAAAGGGCCAUAAAUCCAAGCUAUCAACCGCUUCUACUGGCAGCGAGCCACGAGGAGGCAUACAACGCCGGCAAAACGCCGCCCCCCCCGAGCUGCGACUUAUCGAACUGUCUACUUCUGAAGAAAUCGACACUGAUGGCUUGAUUGUGAGCCGAUUUGAGCGGCUGUCGGCUGCAGAUUACCACCUUGGUGUUCUACCAGCAGCGAAGGGCCCGACAACAACACGGACAUCGAGGACUACUCUUGAGACUUUGGCUGGCAUGGGUAGCGGCAUGUGGAAUGCCACAAUCAAUGCAACAACACUGCUCAGCUCUGCACAAAGUACCCGUAGUGUUGGCAGUGGUGAUUCUGCCAGCCAAUCCGGAUCUCUUAGCUCCAGAAACAAAUCAAUUCGCCCUCAACAACCAGCUCACCCGAACAUUGCAGCCCCCGGUAUUAAAAUAUUCAUCCAUAGUCCUUACGACUGCAUUUUGGCUACCAAGCGAGAUUUGUCAGACCACCUUUCGUGGUUGCUAGAAUUGCACAAGUAUGAAGACGCCUGGAACCUUCUUGACGAUCAUCCUGAGAUCAUAUCUUCUUCGGCUGAGAGAUUGGCUGAAAUUGGCCCUGGAACCCCGGAAAGAAACGAUGCCGGCGAUUUCUACGAUGACGCAUCAUCAGUUAAAGAAACAGCUGCUCGACUCAUUGAUUCGUCGGUCGAGAAGGAGAAGAGGCGAAUUGGAGAAUUGUGGAUUCAACAGCUUAUCACUGACGGCGACUGGAUCAUGGCCGGCCAAGUAUGCGGCAAGGUUCUGGGCAGCCCUUCCAGAUGGGAGCACUGGGUUUGGAUCUUUGCAGGGGCGAAUAAGUUCGGCGAGAUUGCAAAUUACAUACCCACAACGCAAUUGCAACCUCCCUUACCGUCUACAAUCUACGAGGUCGUUCUCGGGCAUUACAUUGCAACAGAUCGACUCCGACUCAAAGAAUUACUUGAUGUUUGGCCACCAGAGUUGUUCGGGAUCAGAACCGUCACCACAGCGCUUGAGAAUCAGCUAAAGUACCGCGAGGUCCGAGAAGAUUCUGUCGAAGACGGGGAAAUGGGACGGGAUUGGCGCAUAGUAAAGGAGUGUCUGGGAAAGCUGUAUCUUGCCGAUGGCAGACCCAAAGAUGCUUUGAAGUGCUAUAUGCAAUUACAAGAUGCUGAUACGGCCAUGACACUUAUCAAAGAUUACCAUCUGAUUGAUGCCGUUGCCGGGGAUAUUCCUGGUCUGGUCUUAAUCCGCGUGUCAAAGGAGCAGAUCAAAUCCGCUUCGAGGAAGGAAUUAGAAGAGGCAACUGCGGAUGUCAUCACUCUUCUCGUGGACGAAGCGCAGCGUGGACUGGUACGGCCAGAGUCUGUUAUCACCCAGCUACAAGAUAAGGAUAUGCCCUUAUAUCUAUUCUUCUACAUCAGAGCACUGUGGAAUGGCGAUAGUCAAGAUGAUAAAUCCGCCGAAGUGCGAGAGAGGAUGUUGGUUGAGAGCAGAGCUCAUGUGGAACAGUUUGCCGAUGUCGCCGUACAGGCCUUUGCAUCGUAUGAUCGGGCCUUGUUAAUGGAGUUUCUCAAGAGCUCUACAUCUUAUACUUUUGAGAAGGCAACCCAAGUAUGCGAGGAACGAGACUACAUACCAGAACUUGUCUACCUCUACUCCAAGACUGGGCAAACGAAACGCGCCCUUUUCCUCAUCAUAGAUCAGCUCGCAGAUGUCUCGCAAGCAAUUAACUUCGCAAAGGAGCAAGCUGAUAAAGACCUGUGGGAAGAUCUCCUCGACUACUCAAUGGACAAGCCGCGCUUCAUUCGUGGCCUCUUAGAAGAAGUUGGAACAGCAAUCGACCCCAUCACUCUUGUCCGCCGCAUCCCUGAAGGUCUAGAAAUCGACGGUCUCAGAGACGGCCUGAGUCGCAUGAUUAAAGAAUACGAAAUCCAGCACAGCAUCAGCUCAGGCGUUGCCCGUGUCCUCCGUGGCGAAGUGGCUACUGUACAGAAUACACUCCGUUCAGGACAACGAAAGGGUGUCAAGUUCGAUGUUGUGGUUAAAGCCGAGGAUCACAUUGACGUGGCUCCCGUCGACGUAGCAGCACGCCCCGCGGAUAACGGCGACAAGGAUAAUGACAACGUAACAGCCGUGCGCGCUCAGAAACCAAUCCGUCCAGGCGGCCACUGCGUUGGCUGCGGUGAGCCAUUCACGGAAGGCGAGCAGGAGACGCUAGUGGGAUUCGCAUGCGGGCAUGUGUUCCAUCUCAGUCAUCUCCUCGAAUACACACAUCCUUCGCGGCCGUCAACGCCACCGUCGGUGGACUUGGAUGAAGAUGGCCAAUUUGUACAGAAUCAUAGCGUUGGAGCCAAGGUUACGCAUGCGAGGUUGUUGAGGGAUAAGAUAUCGGGGGGUUGUCCUGUUGAGCAUGCAAGUUGA